UGUUAGCCUUCUCUUCUGAGGAAAAGCGAAGGGCAAACGAAAAGCUGAGCAGUUUCCGUUAUCCACUCUCUCUCUUCUCUCUCUCUCUCUCGCCAUCUCUGCCGAAUUCCUCUCAGGCGAAACGGAAAUUCUUCCGAUUAGGGUUUUUACGGAGUCGGAGGGAUUCAUUCUCGCCAAGGUUUUUGCAGCCAUGGUGUCCGAUUCGAUCACCAACGCCUCAAUCCCCUGCCCCAACGUCAAGGACUUGGGCAAGAAGAAGCGCGCCAACAGGUCGGCCAAAUUGAAGCAGUGCAAGCUGGACGUCCGCCGCGAGCAGUGGCUUUCCCAAGUCAAGAAGAAGGGCUGCGGGGAGGAAUGGACUGGGGAUGGCCUUCAUCGGGAUGCCAGCAAUGGAUCCUCGGAGAAUGUAGAGUCAAGGAGGGAAAGGGGUCGAGUGGAGGCGAAUGGGCCCGGAUCGAUACACCAUGACAGCGAUUUGGAGUUGUCGCCUUCCAACAGCCCGAUUAGCCUUAACAGCAUAUUGGGCAGCAAUGAUUCUGGGACCAAUUACAGUGGCAGCGGCAGCAGCAGCAGUAGCAGUGCAGAUUGCUGUUCGGGGAAUAUCACAGAAGAAGAUGACGAAGGAGGUGAUGAUGGGUGCUUGGAUGAUUGGGAGGCAAUGGCUGAUGCCUUAGCCGCCAAUGAUGAGCGCCCGAAACCCCCUUCUUGCCCACCCCCUCCGCAGGAUCUUACAGCCAGUAAUGGGUCGGGUAUGAUUGUGGGUGGGGAGAACUUGAGAUCUGGGACGAGGGCCACUCCUGCUGCGGCAAACACCCGGGCAUGGAGGCCUGAUGAUGCAUUUCGGCCUCAGAGUCUGCCCAAUUUGACUAAACACCACAGUUUCCCCAACCCUUCAGACCGGCGCUUUGUCAAUGGAGGGAUUUCGUGGGCGGGUUGUAACAGAAUUUUUAAUGUGCCCACAUCAUGCCCCAUAUGCUGUGAGGAUUUGGACCUGACAGACUCAAGUUUUUUGCCUUGUCUCUGCGGGUUUAGGCUGUGCCUGUUCUGCCACAAGAGGAUUCUCGAGGAGGAUGGCCGCUGCCCAGGUUGUAGGAAGCCCUAUGAACACAAUCCUGUCGAGGGAGAAGCGAGCGUCCAAGGAGGCGGGCUGACGUACCGUUUGACUCGUUCGAGCAGCUUGAUGGCGAGGCCUUAGGGACUUCACAUGUCUGGUGUAUGUCGGGUUUUAUCUCCUUUUUGGCAUGUGUUCAAUGUUUAGUUUUGGACUCUGUUUUCAACUAGUUAGUGUCAUAUAGGAAUUAUGGCUGAGCACCUGAGUUGAGCUUCUUCUCUCGUGAAUUUGGUUCUCUGUCAGUAUGGUGCGUGUGCUGAUGUAGAAGACUCAUGUUGGUAUGUGAAUAGAUAAGGUGGUAUAGAAAUUUAAUACAUAAGAAGGUUUCUUCUUGCUCUGUUAUUUCGUCUUA